AUCAUUUCUACUUCCAUGUCUGGACGCGGUAAGCAGGGUGGCAAGGCUCGUGCCAAGGCCAAGACCCGCUCCUCCCGGGCCGGCCUACAGUUCCCCGUGGGCCGCGUGCACAGGCUGCUCCGCAAGGGCAACUACUCUGAGCGGGUGGGCGCCGGCGCCCCGGUGUACCUGGCGGCCGUGCUGGAGUACCUGACGGCUGAGAUCCUGGAGCUGGCGGGCAACGCGGCUCGCGACAACAAGAAGACGCGCAUCAUCCCGCGCCACCUUCAGCUGGCCAUCCGCAACGACGAGGAGCUCAACAAGCUACUGGGCCGCGUCACCAUCGCGCAGGGCGGCGUCCUGCCCAACAUCCAGGCCGUGCUGCUGCCCAAGAAAACCGAGAGCCACCACAAGGCCAAGGGAAAAUAAUGUCUUCUUGAGCAUGAAUUGAAAACAAAGGCUCUUUUCAGAGCCAUCCACUUAUUCCAACAAAGUGCUGAAAAUACUGUAAGCUUGAAGUAGAUUUACAUGUCCUAAGGUUUGUCUUUAAUACUCAAUAGCAUAAAGAAAUGAACAGUAAAGGAAGGGUUCGAUUAUUUUAAGUUGGUCAUUUUGCCUACGAGUUAAUUGUUCUGGUCUGUAUAUGUGUGCAUAUGAACAACGGGACCAUCAGGUUGCCUUUCUGCCAAGGGUAUCAAGGAAGAAUUGGCAUGAAACACCAGAUUUGUGAUAAUUUGGCAACGUGGUUAGUAUAUAUGUUGGUAUGCACAUAAUCUGACAACAGCAUAGGUAAAAUGAGCCAAAAAUAUGAAAAGAACAAAAAGAAAAGCCCUGUCAAUAACUUAAUGAGGGGUUGCUUUUGGUUUUUCAUUGCUUUGUUGAUUGUCUUCUAGUCAAGGUCUUACUAUGUAGCCCUGGUUGUCUUGGAACUCAUUGAAUUAUCCAGACUGGCUUCGACCUCACAGAGAUCCUGCCUCUACCUCCCUAUUGCUAAGCUUAAAGGCAAGGACAACUAUGCCCAGCCAAUGGAGGGUUUGGAGCUUUUAGUCCUCAGAAAAAACUAAGGACUCAAAGCCAGUAUUCAUUAAAAAUAAAAUGGACUUGAUUUGUUUUAAUUA